AUGUUCAGUGCCAAAGUUGUUAUCUUCCUAGUUGCUGUAGCUGUAUGCUAUGGAGCACCAAAUGCCAGACUCGGCAAACAUCACCUAAAGAUUGAAAAUGGCGUUGAUGCUAAAAUCGAAGAUUAUCCAUUCGUAGCUUCCAUCCAAUCAUGUUCGGAGAACGACUGCGAACACCAUUGCGGUGCUAUAAUCAUUAAUAAAAACUGGGUAUUGACCGCAGCUGGUUGUGUUGAUAUUGAACCUACGGUUGCUGUUGGAACUACUGACUUACACGGAAAAGACACAGUUUUUGUUGAAGUUGCAUCCAUACACGCUCAUCCUGACUUCCCAGAGGAUGGGUAA